CCCCCACCCCAGCGCCACCUCACUUCCGCCGCGGGCCGGAAGUGACGUUGCGGGAGGCGGGGUGGGAAGGUGGCUGGCGAUGGCGGCGCAUUUGACUCCGCGGUUCAGGAGGAUUCACAGCCAGAGCGAGCUGGGCGCGCGGCGGCGGCGGCGCGGAGGAGAUAGUGGUCCUUUUCAAGCAACUCGGUUAUGGAAUGGUAUUAUUCAUGCUCUUCAAAGCCAGGUGGAAAUAAAAAGAAGACGACAACAUCUAAGGACGUACAGAAACUGCUUUACUGGCUCCAAUGCUGUUGAUGUGGUGCUGAGCUAUCUUAUGCACAGUAUGUAUCUAAGUAGUAAUGAUCUUUCUCGACUGAAAGGAGUCCGUCUCUGCCAGGCUCUGAUGGAUCACAAGGUUUUUGAACCAGUUGGACCAAAACUAUUCAAGAAUGAGAGAGAGCUAGAGUUUGAAGACACAAGUAAUAGUCUUUAUAGAUUUCUGGACAGCCAUCUUUCUCCUCUUUUACUGAAACGGAACGGAUAUAUUGAGAAUUUGUCCUCUGACAAAAUACUUGAACUUAAGACGAAAAAACUUUCACGAGCAAAAUGUGAAACAAUUUCAAAUCCCUUAGCACUAGAAGCUGUUGAUAAAAGGAUAGAGGAACUUCUGCAAACUAUAAAUGUACAUCCAUCUUUACCUUUAAAGAACAUAGUUAAUGAACCAGUCUGUCUACUUUCAAAAGAAGUUAUAGAUGAUGUCUGGAAACAACAGACUCUGUUACGGCUACUGCAGUUAAUUGAUCUUCCAGUCCUGGAAAAUAUUUUGGAGUUUCCAGACAAGAGGAAAAAUGAUCAUCUUGGCAAAGAGGAAGAUCUGAUUAUCUCAAAUACUUUCCUUGACAGAGAGGUCACGUGCAGCCUAAAUUUGCCUGAGCUUGACAAAUGGCUUUUUGCAGCAAUUGAAUGCUUGGAGUAUUUUCCAGACCAGCUAAUAGUGAUGGUUGGUCAGCAGUUACUUCAAAUCAGUAAUGAACCAAGUCACUUGAAUAUGCAUAAGAAGAUACUUUUUGAUGUGAUAGCAAAAUAUUAUAAUCAAGUGAGAGACCCCCUUUUCAGCAAUCAUGAUCUUGAUAUUCAUUCAGGAAUUGUUGAACUUAUAGAGAAUGGAAAAACAGCACAAGCCCUGGAGGCAUCGCAGCUUUACUUAAGAUUACUAGUGCCAAACAUCCGAGAAGAACUGCGUAGGCUACUGAUGUUUAUGGCUGUUGCGUCAGAACCUGGGGGCUACAGGUUACAAAAACAAUUUGAUAAUAGAUCAGUGAUCAUCAAGACUUUUACCAAGGCCGUUUUACAAAAUAAAGGAUUGUCAAAAACACAGACUGAACAGCUAAUCCAGUUACUGAUGAUGUAUCAUACUGAACUCUUCAAGACCCCUUUAAUUCUGUUGGAACUAAUUAGCAAGAAACUUACGAGCUUGCUGGAAGGACAAGAUCCUGAUGCCAGUUCAGGCUUCACCUUUUGUCAGCGUUUGACUCCUGAAGAAUUUGAAGACCAAAAGCAACAAACAAGGCACCAUCUUCUUGAGUUGAUUCAAGAGAUGGACAGUAAUCCCACCAUUUCUCUUAAGCAGAAAAAGAAGCUAUUCAAAGAAUUCCAAAAGCAUCAUUCUGUAGCACUGUUGUAGUGAUUUUGACACCAAAUGCGGUUUUGCACUGUAGCAGAAUGUUGUAAAUGAGCCUUGUCAACUAUUGUUUUUAUAAUGCUGAUAUCAUGCUUAUGAAGAGGACUCCUUUUCAUAAGCAUUCAUUGUUAAAGGGUUGUAUUUUUUGAACGACCCUAGUAUUAGACAUUUUUUUCUACAGUAGGUAAGAAUGCUGGGCCUCUAUUGCUGCUCUAAGUUUAGGGUCUGGUGACAUUUCUAUUGUGAAAGUUGUCUAGGUUUUAUAGUCUGGCUGAAAUUCUGCAUUCAAAGCACUUUUACUCUGACCUAAGUUAGAGUUACUAAAUUUCUGGGUAUUUUAAAAUUUUGUAUGUCUUUAGUUCAUAAAUUUAGUCUAGUUCUAGGACUUAUCUACAUGGUGAGUUGGUGUGCAUACAGUGCAUUAGUUGGGGAGUAUGUCAAAGUGGACUAUGGAACUUUUAAUGCACCGUAGCAGCAUCCAAAUGGAAAAUUAGUGUGCAGCAAUCUAGUGUGCUGUAUGUUCACAUCCUAGCUUGCCACAUGGACACGCCUCAUGGAUCUAUAGGGCACAGAUAGAACAGUAAGAGUGUGCUGCAGAAAACUGACUUAUGUUGGUGUACACUAGAGCCCUGCAUGGGACUUUUUUUUUUUUUUUUAAAUCCUGCUUUCAUCCCUCCCUGCAAUUCCCACUCCCUCAUUGUUUCUUGCAUUUUUAUCCGACUCCUACCUUAAAACCCACAAGAGAGACAGAUUCCUCUAUUCUACUGGGGGAAAAACCUGUCAAAUAUAUUAUAUAAAAAAAAUGGAAUUCAGCCAGAAUUUUACCACCAAACGAAUAAAACAAAUAUUACUUAAACCAUGUAAAAAUACUUUAACUCCUGGUAUAAUAAACAUCAAAUCUUUCUAUCCCUCACGUACAUUUAAGCAUUAAAAGGUUUAAAGUGUUUUAUUGCAAAUUACCACAGUUGUGUGGAUUUUUGUUUUUUUGCCCACCCAAUCUCACCCACAACAAAGCUAUUAUGACAGCGGGACCCAUGGGAUCCCAGUCCCACUGCAGAGCUCUGGUCUACCCCAUAGAUACAGGGAUGGGCAGGUUUGUGUAGUAAAUGUCUGAUACAGAAAUAUUUGAUUCCUGAUUAUAGCUGUAUAUGUGUAUAGUAUGUUACCAUAAUGGUUCUUUGAGUAAUUCUUAAAUUAUAUUGUCCUAUUAAGACUUAAAUAAUUGCCUUAACUGAUCUAUUUAAAGUGUACAUGUACCAGUUAAACACUUUAGUAUGAGGCGAUAACUCUUACCUGUGGAAAUGUCUUACACACCCUUAGUGUUAGAUUCUUGUUACCUCAGAUUUUUUAUCUGUUUAACUUUCUUCAGUUAUUUUAGAUUUGGCUAUGGCAGCUGAGUCCUUAGUAUUUGAGGCUGCAAACAUAGCCUUGUAUGCACAGCUUGUGUUUUGUAAAAUCCUGAUUUAAAAACUUGCAUAAUGUUGAGUAAAAGUUGAGGAGUAGAUUACUUUAUCUAUGAUGACCUCAGAAGUAGUCUGCGGGGAGGAUGAAGUGUGUGUGAGGUAUAGCUUCAGUUCUUUAUCCUCUAUCUGCUACUAUAAUGCUGUGAAACAUCAUUUUUUGGAAAGAAAUAGGAUUUAGACAUCAACUUUGAAAUAUACAUAACAAUGGCUAAAAUUUACUAAGAGACAAUCUAACAUUUUGAGCUGCAGCACAGAUGGUUUUGAGGAAAGUUUUGGAACUUGAGUAGACUGCAUAUGUGCACUUUUUAAAAAUUUUUAUCCUUGAAUUGGUUGAUCUACUGGAAUAAUCUUGCUUUAGGAAUUUAAAAAUUAAAUGUUAAUGUAUCGGUUAUAAAGAUUUGUGUAAGAAGAUUGGAAAAAAUCAGUGUUUUAUAUUAUGACUUUAAUUUCACAUUAAAUAAGUUGAUUUGUACUAGUAUUAAGUAGGUAAUCAUUAUCUACAGAGGCUUAACAUCUUUCAAGAUAGAUGACAAAUUAAGUACAUUGUUUCCAAGAUACUCAAACACUGCAAAUUCCAAAAGCACAUUAAGCUACUUUAAAAAGGGGUUGGAGCAUUUAAGUUGCCAUUUAUUUAAAUCACUUACAAUUAUACAAGCAAGAUUACUACUGUAUACUAAAGGGUCUAUAGUUUACUAAUUCAGUAAAAUAAUAACGCCAUGAAAUAAAUC